CUAAUUAUAUAACAAACACGCCUUCAUGUAUGAAAGAUGUGACAGUGGAGGCUAUUCGCUUAAAGAAAAAAAAUACAAGCACAUGAUGUAAAUGUCUGGAAAACGCACCGAUGGAUCCUAUUUGGACUGUCACAAAGCGGUGCGGUUCUGUUGGACCUCACCGCUGUUGUAGACUGCUGUUGCUUUGUCGGCGCAUGCGCACUUAGUGCCCGGGCGGCCGCAGGAGAGCAGAGCUGCACUCCAAAAUUAAAGCACAGGGCCACCACCAUCAUUGCCGCAAUGAGUGCCAACAUCAAUGUGGAAGUUCCGCCCACAGAGCCUGACUGUACCCCAACGGUCCCACCCUCUUUGCCAGCUGAAGCCAUACUCCUCUGUGGGACGGAGACCGUGCCCAAAAAAGCUUGGACUCAGCCACCCGCCACUGCGGCUCUGCUCCUACCAGCUCCACCUCCAGGCCAUCAAAAAGUGGAGCUGGCGACGCCAACUGUGGCGAUAGGAGACCCGAGUAAAGGAGGCAGGGCUGGUGAGGCAGCCCCGCCCACUUUGACAGCACAGGUGGGCGGGGCUUGUAGCAUCGUCCAUGUACUGGAAUGGAAGGAAGGAAUGGCCAUCUUGCCCGGGAGCAACCUGAAGUUUUGUGUGAGUGAUGUUGGAGCACUGAGCACGCUCAUCACUCCAGGGACCCCCAGCUCCACCAAUGAGACUUCAGCGGGGGCCUCUAGUAGAUCCACCAAUGCGGACAGCUCCACAGUGGGCAAGCCAGAUGCAGCAACUCCAUUGGUCUCAGUGAGAGGUGUGGAGCCAGAGAGUUUACGUCAGGUCAAAUCUGAGGUCCAACAGAACCAUGAUCCUGGAGCUCCGAAGAUCUACCCAGAGGAGCUACGCAGAGAGCCCAUGGUGGACAAGAGGAGCGUCGGAGUGGAGAAGGUCCCAGCAGGAGGGAGGGUCUCCUCCUUAAACGUUGAGCAGAUGAAGCCCAUGAGGAAGAGGAAGAAGAAGGAGUAUCUUAGUCCCUCUGAUGAAGACUCCGACAUGGAGGGCACGGAUGACAAAAUGGAAGAUUCCAAAGCAGAUGGCAGACACAUCAGAGGAGGUGGAGACAUGAAGACGGAGCAGUGGACGUGGACACAAUAUCUGGAGGAAACAAAAUCAAUCGCUGCUCCAGACAAGCUCUUUCAAGAGACCCAGAGGGCACCCACAGUGAAGAAUGGCUUCAAGCAGGGGAUGAAGUUGGAGGGCAUUGACCCUCAGCACCCGUCCAUGUACUUUGUUCUUACUGUGGCCGAGGUGUGUGGGUACCGUCUGCGUCUCCAUUUUGACGGCUAUUCGGACUGCCACGACUUCUGGGUAAACGCCAACUCACCCGACGUGCACCCUUCAGGCUGGUGUGAGAGCACAGGACACAAACUGCACACUCCCAAAGGCUGUAAAGAAGAAGAGUUUACGUGGACAAACUACCUGAGAAUGACUAAAGCACAAGUGGCUCCUAAAGAGGUCUUUGCUAGUCCUGGAAGGAUUGACGUAAAGUGCGGCUUUGAGAUAGGCAUGAAACUGGAGGCCGUCGACCGCAUGAACCCCUCCCUCAUCUGCGUGGCCACCAUCACCGACGCAGUGGACGACCGCUUCCUGGUCCACUUUGACAACUGGGACGACACCUACGACUACUGGUGCGAUGCCACCAGUCCAUACAUUCACCCCAUUGGUUGGUGCCAGGAGAGAAAGCUGCCCCUAACACCACCUCAAGAUUAUCCUGACCAGGGAGAGUUCUCCUGGUCCCGCUACAUGAAUGAGACUGGUUCUAAGGCAGUAGCAGCCGAGGCUUUUAAAAUGCGUCCAGCCCACAGCUUCCUGCCUCACAUGAAACUGGAGGCUGUGGACAAGAGAAGUCCUGGUCUCAUCCGAGUGGCAACAGUAGAGGAAGUGGAGACUCACCGGAUCAAAAUCCACUAUGAUGGCUGGAGUCAUGUCUAUGAUGAGUGGAUGGACUCGGACCACCCUGACGUUCACCCAGCCGGCUGGUGUGAGGCCACUGGUCACCCUCUCAAAGCUCCCCCGCAAGAUGCCAAAACACAUCAGCCGCACUGUCCAAGGGAUCCCCCCAUUCCGACCCAGUCCGCUUACCCUCCAUCUGUUCCAUGUAAGCCCAUCAGUCACACCAGAACCACCAAGUACAGCUUCCACAACAGGAAAUGUCCGACUCCAGGCUGUGACGGUUCAGGCCAUGUGACGGGUCGCUUCACAGCCCACCACUGCGUGUCGGGAUGCCCGCUGGCUGAGCGCAAUCAAGGCAGACUGAAGGCCGAGCUGUCGGACUCAGAGAGCAAGAGGAGCCUCUUUUUUGGACAGAGGACCAAGAAGGCGCAUUACCGUGGCAGAAUUGGUCGUCCACCCAAAUAUAGGAAGAACCAGCAGAGAGACUAUCAGAACAUGUCGUCUGAGUGCGUCUACCCGUCGUUGUUUGUGUCGGCGCUGAGUGCUCCGUCGGACCGUGCUUUGUCUCUGUGCUGGGAGCAACACUGUAAACUACUUCCUGGUGUCCAGGGCAUCCCAGCCAGUCAGGUGGCAGCUUGGAGCGUGGAGGAGGUCUUCACCUUUGUGCAGAAUCUAAUUGGCUGUGAGGAUCAGGCUCGUCUCUUUAAAGAAGAGAUGAUUGACGGCGAGGCCUUCCUGCUGCUGACCCAGACGGACAUCGUGAAGAUUAUGAGCAUCAAGCUAGGUCCCGCCCUCAAGAUCUCCAACGCCAUCCUCAUGUUCAAGAGCACAGAUGAGGCUCUCAAAUGAGCCUCACUCGUGAUGCGGGUCGUUCAUGUGCCAAUGGUUCAUUUUUUGUGUGUGUUCUUAGCAUCCUGUGCCCAUCAAAAAAUAUCAAACUUAGCGGAAGAACAAAGUGACGGACAAGUGUAUUGGGAUGCCUGUCAACAUAACAUGCCUGCAGGAAGUAACAGUAGGAGAUUGAUAUUCAAUAUUAUGAACGAAUGUUGAGUUAAAGUGAAUUUGAUGUGACAAAAAGCAACUUGGGUUGGAUUGAAUUUGAUGGAUGAAAAAAAAACAUGGGGGAAAAGUAUGAAAAAAGACUUAAUGCAGUAGACUAGACAGGCCAGUGUAGGAGCUCUCUCAAGCUUCUUGUUUUGUGCAAUAAUUCAUAAAAAUAAGUGACUGUGUUGGAAUUUUAAAAAGGAUAAAACAUUUGAUUCUUAUCUAUGGAGGGGUUUUUGUGCCAAAAUUAAAUAUCAACAAAAUUACAUACAUAAUUGAAAAUACAAAAUGUGAGAUAAUGUACUAAUUAAAUAUUAUUAAUACUAAAUUGUGAAAAAUUUCAUAAAAUAAUGAUGUGGAACCUACUAGUUAGUUAUUCUAUGACAUUUCGUAAUUAAAUUCUAAAGUCAAAUUUUAAACCAUUAAAUUCAUUGUAUUUAUUCUAUUCUAUUUAUAUUAAAAUGUUCUGACCUUUUAAAUUAUUUAAUAUAAUUGUUAUAUAUAAACAACAUAUAUAUAUAUAUAUAUCAUAUUUUUUAAUUGUGUUAUUUUUAUUUAUUUUGUGGCCUUGCAAGCAUGGAAAAAGUAAUUCAAGAUUCUACCGCAGCAUGCCAAAAAAUAUGUAAUAUAAAUAUAAAUGCCAUAAGAUAAUUAAAAGGUCAUGACAUUUCUAAAAUGGUAAUGAAACAAUUGAGAAAUUGGUUCAAUGUGAUUGCAAGACUAUAUUUCAAAAUGUAUGGGAUGUCUAAACUGGCCAUGAAAGAAUUCAGCUCAUUACAAGUAUUUAAGAUUACAUUUCACAUCUUAAUGGACAAUUUAGUAAAUUAUUUCACAUUUAAUUUAAUUUGUAUUUUAAUUAGCUAUUGUUUAUUAUUUAUUUAAUUCACAAUGUCUGAAUUGGUCAUGGAAUAAUAAAUAAUCAACCAUCAAAGAUGUGGUGGGCCGAGCUUGACGAAAACGCCACAGUUCACAUUUGUGACUGAAUUAUUUUCCAGAAUUUUAAUUUUAUUUAUUUUUUUGCCUUCUCGUUUGUCCUGCAUCAGCCAAACACAAUUCAGUUUGUUUUUGUAUGCAACCAAUUUCAUUUCUGGAUGCAUACAAUGGCACAUUACUGGAGCACAACUGUGAAGCCCCAAAUGAGGAGUGUUAAAUGACUAUCAACAACUUUACAUGACUACUACACGUUCAGAGUUUGUUGUGUUCUUUGACUUGUUUACGCAUGAUGUUGGAUUUCUGAUAUUGGUGCAGCUUCACUGGAAUGUCUUAAGGGCUCUUGGCUGUGUGUGUGUGUGUGUAAAGAUCAUGUUCAAUCAUUCAAAUAAACAUACAAAGUUGACUUUUUCUUUUUGUUUUUUUUAGGGUUGACACGCUUGUACGCCCACAUAUGGAGUGAAAU